CUGCCUCAAGGGGACAGCUUGACCGCUCUGCUACCGCCACGGCAACCUCAAACGACCUCUCCCUUUUCCCAUCUUAUCUUCUCCCCUUCAUCUUCAGCUUCUCAACUUUCCUCCAAAUCAAUCUCCUCGUCCAUCCUUCAUCAUGUCUACUGCUACAUACCCCCCUGGUGGCACUAUUGUGCAGACCCUGAAGCGUACCUACUCUGAUGUCCCUGUCGACGAGGCCAACGGCAAUGCUGUCUCUACCACCGAGUUCCUCGAGGCUUCCGAGGCCAUGACCACCAUCUUUGAUGCCAUCGGUGGUGUUGCCUUCGGCCCAGUCAAGAAGGAUAUCCUCUCCAACAUCGAGAAACUCCGUGCCCGUCAGGCCGCUGCUCCUGCCGAGUCAGGCAACAUCCAGGACCUCUGCCGAAAUGAGCUCAAGACCAAGAAGCACGUGGCUACUGAGGGUGCUCUGUGGCUCAUCCGUGGUCUCGAUUUCACCUGCCAGGCCCUCGUCCGCAACGUCGCCAACCCCUCGGAGGAGCUGGCUGACUCUUUCCGCACCUCGUAUGCCGAAACCCUGAAGCCUCACCACAGCUUUCUUGUCAAGCCCAUCUUCAGCGCUGCUAUGAGUGCUGUUCCCUACCGAAAGGACUUCUAUGCCAAGCUUGGCGAGACCCCCGAGCUCGUCCAGACUGAGCUCGAUGCCUACCUUGCUGCCUUCACCAGGGUUGUCAACAUCCUCAAGGAGUUCAUCAACAGCAAGGAGGCCAAGUGGUAAACAACCAUUGGUUCGCCAUUACCAGAAACCAGAAUCCCUGCACGUACCCUACGGCGGAGCUGAGUAUGUAGCGAUCAGCAAUUUAUCUGGAAAACAUCGUGAUUGGUAGAUACGUCUUUCUUGCAAGAUGGAUGUCGAGAUAUUUAAACAACACAAAACAGCCCUGGCAGGCUGUGACAGCAUAGAGCUGCUGCCGCCGAGUUAAUGAUAACGAAUCUACGUUUGUGC